UCACUGUCAGCUAACUAGUUUCAAGCUGAAUUUGAAACAACAAAGAUGUUCUUGAAUGGCUUUUUGUUAAUAAAAGUAACUGUAUUAAUCGCGACAUUUAUAGUAAUUGAUAGUUUUAAUUUUGACGAAAAGUACCCUUUAAUUGCCCGCGGAGAAUCAGAAUCCUAUUUUGGCUACAGUUUAGCUGUCCAGGAGAAUAGCGGAGAAAAAUGGCUAUUCGUGGGCGCACCAAGAGACAACCAUCUUAACAAUGCGGGUGCGCUGUACAAAUGCGGGAAAAGCGGGCAAAAUCUAAACUGUAACAGAGUAAACGUAAUAACAGUUGAAAGCACAGCUGAACAAUGGCUCGGUGCAUCUGUUACCAGCAGAAGUGGAACAACCAUGGUGUGUUCUCCACGUUUUGGAGAAAGAGUGAGAGGCAAGUGCUACUAUAGUCGAGGAAAUUUGCCGUUCGAAUCGUAUGCUCCUUGGAACGAAGAUAUUUGUCAAUUGGGUUUCUCAUCAGCAUUAUCCUCGGAUGGAAAUCGAUUUUACACUGGAGGGCCAAGCUGUACAAAAAAUGCUGGUCGAUUGGUAGCCUCUACUGGCCCCACUACUAUUCGCGAUGACGUAGAAAGUUUAAUGGGAGACGUUUCUUAUUACUCUUACGCUAUAUCAACAGGAAAAAUUUGGGGCCAAACCGAAGGACUCGUUGUUUCAACAGGAUUCCAUCAAAAUUCAAACUUUGCUGGAAAGGUAGAACUUUUAGAUUCUUACGACAAACUAACGAACGCAACAAAACGGAGCAGUUUAGAAGGUCGUCAACCGGGUGAACACUUUGGAGCCUCUCUGGCCGUGUUCGACAUCGACAACGACGGGCGGGAUGAUAUCGUCGUGGGCGCCCCUCAUCACACGAUUUACACCAAUUCCGAAAUCAAGUAUGACGUUGGCGCCGUUUACGUGUACUUUCAAACAUCGAAAGGACUCUAUGAAAAAGAAAAUUCUCUCAAUAUCACGGGACAGUUCUCCGGUGGCCAAUUCGGGUUCGCAGUUGCCAAUUUAGGGGAUAGUAACGGAGACGGAUACAAUGAUUUGGCUGUCGGAGCACCCUACGAAGAUGGUGGAUCGGGAGUUGUUUACAUUUACCACGGAUCCCAUACGAAGAAUCUUCGGAAACUACCCGGUCAAAUCCUGAAAGGGUCUUCCUACCAACCGUCUAUUCGUUCUUUCGGCUUUUCUUUUAUCAGUGGAGCAAGUGACAUUGACGGCAACGGAUACGGUGAUUUGACAGUUGGCGCCUAUGAGUCUGACAUUGUUGUACACAUACCUGCACGCCCAGUAGUGCGAAUGACAAACAAACUGACUUUCAGUCCGAAUUCUAUCACCCUAGAAAAGAAAGAAUGUACAGCUAAGAUUGGUGGCUCCAAUGUUCAAGUGACUUGCUCGAAACUGAAAUACUGUUUGAAUUACGACGGAAAAGGUGUUCCGGGAAGUAUUAACACCAACAUCACUAUUAUACUGGACGUCCAGCAACCAAAAGCCCAGCGUCUGCUCUUCCUUAAAACUAAUCAGAAUAUAAUGACGCAAAUUAUUGGGUUAAGUGUGAAAACUGAACUAUGCCAAGAAGAAUACGUCUACGUCAGGCCGGAUAUUCGCGACAAACUCACAUCAAUCGAAGCACAAAUUAUGCCUGCAAUAGUAGUAACCAAUGCGCCACUUUCGUCCAUCUUGGAUAUUUACGACGGCAACGGCCGCGUCACUAAAUCAUUACCGAUAUUCAAAGAUUGCGGCAGUGAUGACAUUUGCAUCCCUGAUUUACAAAUGACUGUCACUACGAGCGCAGGGACUUACAUUCAAGGAUCAGGUGAGCGUUGGACGGUCGACGUGACGAUUUACAACGCUGAAGAGGACGCAUUCGGGGCAGAAUUUUACCUUGAUUUUCCGCCCGAAUUGAGUUACAUCAACACAGAUAAAGAUUUUACCGAUUCAUCCGUUUUGUGCUUUCCCCCCGACCAGAAAAACGGUCCCUUUUUGCGAUGUGAUAUCGGGAAUCCGCUACCUAGUAAAAAAACGGUCCGUCUUCGCGUGAUUGUCGAGCCCAAGCCAGGAGACGACAAUUCUAUCUCCUUCUUGGCCCAGACCAAUAGCACAAUUAGCGAACUAGAAUCGACGAUGGCGGAUAAUAAAAAAUUUUUGAGUCUAACGUUCAAAGCAGAGGCCAAGUUGGCACUUGAAAGUUGGACUCGACCAGAAGAAUUGACUGUCAAUACUACAGCUCUACAGCUGGGCGAAAUCAAAGCAUUGCCGGAAUACACGCAAUUUUGUGAAGUGCGUAACGAAGGUCCGUCUGACAUAAUCGGGGCCAAAUUCCGCAUCGUCUUUCCCACGCAUACGCCCGAAGGCUACGCUAUAAAUGAGUUAAAAGCUCAACCAACAAUUCAAACGGGUGCUGCUACUUGCGAUAUAGUUCCACUCACAGAAAAAUCCAAUAAAAAACCCGUUGACAUUAACUGUGUGGUAAACCGAAUGACUGGUGGUCAACGGGUUGUCAUCAAGCUUGUCGCUCAACUCGUUUCCGAAGCCUUCUUGGAACAACUGAAUACCGACAAAUUCACCCUGACUUCGGUAAUUACAGCCAACAUUACUGGUUUGCCUUUUGAUCAAGAUGUUUCAAAGAUUCCGAUGGCUUCGGCAGAAGUAGUAGUCGUCGUGAAAAAGAUUGCGAAACAACAGAAUCUUUUGAAAGCCACGCCGUGGUGGAUACCAGUUGUUAGUGCAAUUGUAGCGACCGCAAUUAUUGCCGGGGUUGCAGGGCUUCUUCAUCACUAUGGAUUUUUCAAAAGAAAUCGGCCAUUAGAAAUGACGGCGACAUUGGAAACUAUGCCCGAAAGUCAACCGUUACAGCCAAUGAAUCAGAAUUCAAAUCGACCCACUUCCGAAGUUGAUCGUACAGUCUAUGAAGAUUCCUCGUAGAAAUACACCACUAUUAUUGUCUUCUAUCCUGAAAUGAUAGAAUUUAACAUAUUAAUCAAUCUUUAAAAACUUCAUUGCUACUACAAUUCAAAUAAUUUAAACACAUAUUGUUAGUCAUAUAAUAGGGCACAUACAUGUUCCCUUUCCAUGGUUUGCAAUAAUACAGAUAAGACUUUAGAUAUA